AUGGAGAAGCAGUGUCCCGUUAAUCACACAGAGUCCAAACCAGCACAAUGCCCUGUUGAUCAUACCCAAAAGGCGACGAUGACGACUACUGCAGAAGAGGCAAAAUGCCCUGUGGAUCCUUCAGCAUACAAGCAUUUCCUUCCUCAAACCGAAUCGCAGCCCACCUCGUCCUCGACCUCGAAUAAUGCAGCUGAUCAGUGCCCUGUGGAUCAUACUGCCUACAAGCAUUUCUUACCCACGUCCAAAGAGGGCUGUGAUUCUGACGCCAUUGACGCGAGCAACAAUAUGCCAGCUGUUGCACAGCAGUCGCCUCUUCCCGGUCAAAAGCAGCAACUAGGCACCGAGCGUGAAGUGUCAAGCAUUCCACGUGCUGCAGGCGAGGAUGCAAAGUGGAUCUAUCCUUCCGAGCAAAUGUUUUUCAAUGCCAUGCGUCGCAAAAACUGGAACCCUGAGGAAAAAGAUAUGCCGGUCGUUGUCCCUAUCCAUAAUGCAGUCAACGAACAAGCAUGGCGACAGAUUUUGGAAUGGGAAAAGAUGCAUGAGACCCAAUGCAAUCAACCCAAACUUGUAAAGUUCCAAGGACGACCCAAAGACAUCACACCCAAGGCUCGUUUCCGGUCAUGGUUUGGAUACAAGCUUCCAUUUGAUCGACAUGAUUGGGUUGUGGAUCGAUGUGGCGAAAAAGUGACCUAUGUCAUUGACUUUUAUUCCGGCAAACAAGAUCCUCGACGACCAGAAGCUGUUAGCUUUUACUUGGAUGUGAGACCUGCCGUAUCGCCAUCCGGCAUUUUAGAUCGCUUGAAAAUGUCCUGGAAUCGAGGCGAGUUUGUAUAA